AUGGACUUGCUGCGUGAAUUGCUAAAGUUGAAUGACUCCAACGAUAGGGAUUCCGCAAUCAUUGAGGCUUCGAACUUGCAUCGUGCCACCCAAAAUGGUGGCUACGUGUGGGUGCAUGAGUCGGAGAUGGAGAGAUUAAAGGGCAAAUUAACGCCCUGUGCCAAAAUCUCGCUUUCUAUCCGUAAUGUUCGAGGGCUGCGCGAGUUUGGGCGAGUUAAUCUGCACAAGAAGGUUUACUGCAAGUGGGAGAUCACUUAUGGAUCCGACACAAUGUGCUGCAGGAAUGGACGAACCAACAAUGCGAUCUGGAACGGUAACGCAGGUCUGUUGUGGACGUCGCCGACUGUGGAGCUGGACGCCCUGGACGCGGCUGAUACACUUGGGAAAUAUAAAUUGAAGGUUUCGGUGAAUCGAGCGCGUCAUUUUUUCUGUCGGGUUCUGGACCUCUACAAGAUAAAUGAAACCACGUUGUUCCAGAUCAAUACUAUCCCCAUUUUACCGCCCGGAAUGGCAUCACUACGAUUCGCGGUGGUCGCUCAGAUUGACAUCUUGUACCCACACAAGUACUCCUUCAAGAUCAUGAACCUCUUUAAGCACUACAGUACCAUCGUCAUUAUCGUGCUUCUCUUCCGAGUGAUCAGACCUGGAGCCGCUACUGGCAGCAGAGUUAAGACCCAUGAGGUCAACGAAAGUCCGUCAUGCAGUGCGAGAACGAUAACGAUGCACUCUACUAUUAUUCCAGCUCCUUGCACUGUAAACGCAGAGUGCGUUCAAGAAUCCGGACCUGAUGGUUCAAACUCACUGUACAACUUCUGCGACUGCGGCCAACAAACGUACCUCAAGGACGCGUACUUGGACACGACAUACGUGCUUUGA